AAAUUUCCUCGACAUUUGAGAGUUAUAUAAUUGCCAUACCACAAUCAUGUACGACGAGGAGCCAAUCUCCAGCUUUGUGUUCUCCAACGACGAGACGACGCAGACCUUCCACCACCAGUGGUUUGCCCAGGGCCAGAUGCACGAGUGCCCCACCUGCUACAGCUCCAUCCACGCCGAUGAGCCGCCAUCCCAGCACUGGCUACGUGGCGGAGAGGCCUCCCAGGGACUGCAGCUCACCAAGCAGCAGCAGGCCGUCCUGGACAUCAUCGAGGCCCGCCAAAUCGAGACCUUCUUCUUCUGCGACGAGAGCUCCAAAGACAAACUGGACCACUUCAUGGGGGAGACCUGUGCCCGGGGAGUGCCCGAGCUGCUUCGCUGGAUGUUCCAGAACAACACGGUGGCCGUGGAGUUUAGUCUGGCCUGCUAUGUAAACUCCAUGGACCAGGUGCUGAUCUUCCAAAGCGGAUCCCUCCGAGUGGAUCACCACUACGACGUGGACGAGAGUGUGGGAGUGGUCUAUGAGAUGCUGAUGCAGCGGAUCGAGAACUACCUGCACUGCAGCAGUGAGUAUGGGAUGGACGAGUGCAGCAUCACCAGGCUGAGGGUGCAGGUGAAGCGGAUUCGGGUGGAUGCGGAGAGCCAGAGCGCGGAGUCGGUCCACUUUCCGCUGCCCCUGCAGCUGAAGCAGGAGGAGGGUCUGUCCACCACCUCCACCAGCGAAUCGGAACUGGCCAGCCUGCGCUCCGCCUACCUGAAGCACUUCCGCGAAUGCAACGGCUACUUCCCGCCCAACAUGCGGGUCAAUCUCUACGGGCUGCAGCAGUGCAAGACCACCAAGGAGCUGUAUGUGGUGCCCUACCACAUCAGCGAAACCCUCCAGCAGCUGCCCAACAAGAACUUCCUCAUCCUGAACAACAUAAUGGGGCAGUUCCAGCGGCUGCACGAGCUCUCCACCCCCGUCAAGUCCAUCGAAAGGGACCCGCUCGGCUCGCCCAUGAAGGAUCUCCACUGUCGCAGGUGUCGCACCCAGUUCUCGAGGAGCAGCAAGCUGCACAUCCAUCAGAAGCUGCGCUGCGGCCAGGACUUCUCCGUGGACAGCAUGCACGCGGACAUCGUGGAGAUCUACGAGCAGUGCCUGCCCAUCUCGAGGAGCGUCUUCCAGUACGCCUGCUACGGCAUCACCAAGCCCAAGACUGUCAUGCGUAAGGGCCAGUUCGUGCCCAUCGAGUGCGACUGGCGCAGCGAGAGCUCCGUAAAGGUCCAGCAUGGUCCCUGUGUCGUCAUCAGCAAUGCCCAGCACAGCAGUCCUUGUAAAUUCUAUUAA